GUCCCCGCCGGGGCCGGGCGCAGCAUGGAGACGGUGCUGCUGGAGCACUUCCCCGGGGGGCUGGACUCCUUCUCCUCGCCCCCCUACUUCGACGAGGAGGACCUCUUCCCCGAGCCGCCCCCGCGGGAGGCGCUGGCCGUCGACGGGCUGCUGGAGCCGGAGGUGGAUUUCCUCAGCCGGCAGCUGCAGGAGUACUACCGCGACGGCGGCGACCCCGAGGGCGGCUACCGCUGCCCGGCGCCGGCCGCCACCUUCCCGCCCUCGCCCGCCUCGCCCGGCUUCGCCUACGAGUGCUGCGGGGCGGCGGGCGCGGCGUUGCUGUCCCCGGGGGGGAGGCUGCAGGCGCUGGGCUCGGCCAAGCGGCGGAGGCGGGUGCGCUCCGAGGCGGAGCUGCAGCAGCUCCGUCAGGCCGCCAACGUGCGGGAGCGGCGGCGGAUGCAGUCCAUCAACGAUGCCUUCGAGGGGCUGCGCUCGCACAUCCCCACCCUGCCCUACGAGAAGCGUCUCUCCAAGGUGGACACGCUGCGUCUGGCCAUCGGCUACAUCAACUUCCUCAGCGAGCUGGUGCAGUCCGACCUGCCGCUGCGCAGCGCCAGCAGCGAGAGCCCCAGCCAGCCCAAGAAAAUCAUCAUCUGCCACCGCGGCACAAGAUCUCCCUCCCCGAGCGACCCCGACUACGGACUCCCCCCUCUGGCCGGCCACUCGCUGUCGUGGACUGAUGAAAAGCAACUCAAGGAACAAAACAUCAUCCGGACAGCCAAAGUGUGGACCCCCGAGGACCCGCGGAAGGUGAACAACAAACCCUCCCUCAACGACAUCGAGAACGAGCCCCCCUUCGACUUCGUGGCGUGAGGCGCCGCGCGGGUGGCCCCCGCCCCCGCCCCGCCCUGUACAUGCUGUA